AUGACCAGAGACUGCGGACAUAGUACAGGAGACGACCAGAGACUGCAGACAGUACAGGAGAUGACCAGAGACUGCAGACCUUUGGGGAGGGAGGGGGAGCGGGUACCUGAAUUUGACAGGUCUCCACUCCCACUUCCACGGAGUUGUCCUCCCUUUAGUGUGGGCAUUCACUAAUGGCGUCCACCCUCUGAUGAAGUGCCGUAGCACGAAAGGCCUCAGGAGGAGCCAGUAGCAACCGGGUGCACACACUAAAGAUGCCGGCGCGGGAAGACUGUACAGCGCUGGACCGAGCAACAGGUA